CCAGUGUGUUGCAAACUGCCCUCAAUCUCCACCGCUCUCCCUCCUCUCUCCUCCCACCCUAUUUCCUCCAGCUCCUCCCCUCUGAACUCAUCCAAGAGUUGGUCAUCUCUUCAUAACAUCACUGGAGUUUCCUGGAUCCCAGCAAAAAGAGUUCUGUGCUGGCACAGUGCUGGAACCCUCCUCUGUUGCAUUUUUUUUUCUCUUCCAACUUUGGAGCAGAACUGAAUUCGGACCUUUCAAAGCAAGGAUUUGGACUUCCAGGUUGAGAAACUGCUUAGUGGUGACUGCAGAAGAUGGGUGACUGGGGCUUUCUGGAGAAGUUGCUGGACCAGGUGCAGGAGCACUCAACAGUCAUAGGGAAGAUCUGGCUGACGGUCCUCUUCAUCUUCCGCAUUCUCAUCCUGGGUCUCGCUGGAGAAUCUGUCUGGGGGGACGAGCAGUCGGACUUUGUCUGCAACACCAAGCAGCCUGGAUGCACGAACGUGUGUUACGACAAAGCCUUCCCCAUUUCUCACGUCCGUUACUGGGUGCUUCAGUUCCUCUUUGUCAGCACGCCCACCUUGGUCUACCUGGGGCACGUCAUCUACCUCUCCCGGCGAGAGGAGAAGCUGAAGGAGCGGGAAAGUGAGCUGCGGGCCAUGCAGUCCAAGGAUUACAAGGUGGAGGCCACCCUCAUGGCAAUCGAGAAGAAGAUGGCCAAGAUCUCUGUGGCAGAGGAUGGGAGGAUUAGAAUCCGUGGACCUCUGAUGUGGACUUACAUAAUCAGUGUGGUGUUCAAGAGCGCCUUUGAGGCAGGUUUUCUCGUGGGCCAGUGGUACCUAUAUGGCUUCAUUAUGAAUGCACGCUUUGUGUGUGAGGGACACCCAUGCCCGCACCUGGUGGACUGUUUUGUCUCUCGCCCCACUGAGAAGACUAUCUUCAUCAUCUUUAUGCUUGUGGUAGGCAUGAUCUCCCUUGUCCUCAACCUUCUAGAGCUCUUCCACCUCUGCGGCAAGAGUCUACUCCACACUGUGAAGGAAGGUGGCUGCUGUUCCUCGUCUGCUCCCCCGCUGCCCUGCGAUGCCAAUGGCUACUCAACCAAGCUUUGUGAAAUACCCAGCAGGCCAUAUCCAGACAAGCCCUACUUCUACCUCCCGAUGGCUGAGAGACAUAACCCACCCUACCAGGCCUACAACAAGCUGUCCAGUGAGCAGAACUGGGCCAAUUUCAACACUGAAGAAACCUUGGCCUUGCGAGAUGGGAAGAAGCCCCCUGAUGUGUUUGCAACACAAGGUCCCGAUGUCCACCUCCCUCAGGAGAGGCAGUCCAGUCGGCCAAGUAGCAGUGCAUCCAAAAAACAAUAUGUCUAGCAAAUGAGCCAUCCACUUCCAAUUCUGUUGCCUCGGUGGCAACUGGCGCUAGCUCGUGUUCUCCAAUGGGCCUCCUUGUCAGCAGUUUCCAGAGGCUCUAGUGAACCGUGACUUGACGUUUUUGUUGGGGUCCUGCUUGGUUUGCAUCCUGUUAUCUUGCUGUAUAGGUGGCAGCCAAGACUUCCUGGUGGACAUGGAUUACUGUUGUGUGGGCAUGGGGCCUGCCACCUCCUGCAAGCCAGCGGAAUGGGUGCUUAAUGGGCAUUAAGUCAUCACUCAGGCAGAGUGCUACAUGGUGACUCUUGAAAAGUUAUCUUAGGGGAGGGAAGCAAGCGGGAGAUGGCAGCCUCUCCCAAUGGGUGGAGGGGGAAAAUAUCUCAGUUUGUGACACUUUGUAAGAGCUGGCCUCUCAUCUGGAAGCCUGCUGGUGAGUUAGUUGGCAAAAGAUCCACAGCCUGGGUUAGUUUUAACAAGCAAACUGAAGGGCACCAACUUCUUGGUCUGUCUCACGUGUCCUUGGACUGACUCUGAGGUGCCUUGGAAGGGGAAACUGCUUUUCUUGAACUCUUCUGGGUAAUGGAAGCACCCCCAAACACACACACGUGCAUUUCUAGAGCAUGGGGCUGAGGAGAGAUGCUGAAUGCACAUCUGGAUGCAAACUUGUCCCUUGAUGCUGACAGGCAGGGAAAGACCACCUCUGUUCUUCUGUGACUUUCCUGCCAUGGCUGGUUUGUGGAAGGAAAAGUGUAUAGCUUGUGCCACAUAACUGGGGGUUUCCUUUAAGCAUGUUUCUUGUUUAUUAUUAAAAAGGGUCACUUCUUUUCAAAAAAUGUUCUCAAGAUUUUGCCCUGGUUUAUAUUUUGAAGAAUUACUGAAGAUGUACCUGAUAAUACCAGAACUACCUACGUUCUAACUCCUGGAAGUGAAUUCAUUUUUUAAAAAGAGAUUGUAAACACAGAUUUUCAAGCUAGGUAAGACUCCAGGUGUGGUUUUUGUAUGGGGGGGCUGUGUAAAUGAGCAUGUGGGGAGCCAUACAUUGGUUUAUGCACCCCCUUUCCCCCCAGUUUCCUGGUUUACAGUGCAGCCAGAUACUUUUUUUCAAUAUAUUUGUGACCAAAUAUAGUAGGAAUAGACUUAAACAAGGCUUAGUAUCUGAAGACAGGUUUCUUUCAAAUGUUUGCUUACAACAGGCACUUUCAGCAACUGUUGAAGUCUCCUCACACUUCUCCUUAAAUAUAAAACAAAUAGUCACUCGGUUCCUUUUGUGGUGUUUUUCCUUUUGUGGUGUUUUUUGUGGUGUUCCUUUUGCGGUGUUUUUAAUAGGGCAUUUCACCCUGUAAUGGGAUGUCACAGUUGGUCUUCCUUUGAGGCUGAUAGAGCAGUUUGCUAGUGAUGGCCACCAUCUAGGAGUAUGCUUGGAAAUCAAGAGACCUUUUCUUACUGGACAUCUUCAACUCUCUCUCUCUCAACCUGCUUAAUUGCAUCGCUCCUUACGCUGAGCUCUGCUGUUAGUCGCAUCUGCUUCUGCUUUCCCAAAUUCAUAGCUUCCAGGAAAUAAACAUUAUCCAGUAACUCAUUUUCCUUCACUUUUUUCGUAACUUCAUUAGAACUUGCUUUCUGACCAACCUAGGUAGCAUCAGAAUUGAGUUACGGGUUCUGCAGCUGUCAUGAGGUGAGUAUGAAUGCUUGCCCAAAGCACUAGAUUGGAUCCUGUGGAUCUGUUCAGCAAAUGGGGGCACCUUCCCUCCAGUGAAAGAGCUUCUCAGUGGAAGGCUUUUUGUGCUCCAGAAAAGCAUUUCCAUAUGCAGAACUUAUCUAUAGAAUGUAAUCCAACUAUUCUUAUGCCUAUCGUGUGCCAGGAAGACCCUGUUACGUGUGGUGUGCCCUGUUACAGAAUAGAACAGUACUGUCAAGCACACCUUACUAUGUUUAAAGUGUUAACACACAUGUUUAGUGAUGUCAUUUUGUGUAUGGCCCUGUCUUGAUUUUGCAUUUGUGAGCUUUUUUUUUUUGUUAAUUUAUUGAGAGCCAAGCUUUACCAGUAGAUGAAAGUACAUGCUGGAUGUUUUGGAGCAGUUGUUGAGAUAUCAUUUGAAAAUUUAAGAAACUUUCCUGAAAUUGCCUCCCAGUAGGAGUGGGAUUGCUACUGCGGGAAUAGAUCUCCCAGAUUCUUUAAUUGUAAACCUGGGAAAUCCCUGGAUUAAAUCAGUGGAUGACACUGAUUGAAAAUCUUCUUUUCUACGGGAAUAACAUCGUAUGCUUGGGAGUCUUGAAAUAUGGAUAGUUAACCCAUUAUGUAGCAUCAAACACUGUGGUGUGGGAAAGGGAAUUCAUCUCUGUUUGGGUAAACUGAGGGUUCCACUCCUCCAAGAAUCUCUAUUGAAUAGUUCUUGACUGAAGCUCUGAAAUCUCCAUUUGUUAGUAUACCUGUGAGUUUGAUGGAAAUUAAAGCAGUUUGAGGAGUAGGAUUCCAAUCUGUAAUUCAGCCAGUUUGUAUGAGGGUUUGGAAUUCCAUAGCAGGACCAAAUGGCAGUUCUGGGGAGGGAUCUGAUAUUUAAACAUUGGAUGAGUUUUCAAAAUAAAAAGAAAACUGAUAAA